AUGUUACGGCAGAACAGUUAUAAAGCUCUAACGGCAGCUAGAUUCAAUUCGUCAACAUCACCUAUAACUCAAUACUCGUACAUUCAAGAAUACUUGUCUGAUGCUAGCAAAGAAGAAGUCGCCAAAUAUCUUAAAAACCUUGGUCCAUUUCCUACUUAUUCCAACAUCUUAAACCCACAACAUUUCUUCCAGAAUGCUGUUUUACUAGAAUAUCUGAAGAAGCAACCGCAUCCGGUAUCAUUAAGACAAUUGGCAGGAUAUGGGAAUACGUUAACACGACAAAAGGUGAUCAAUUCUGCAAACUUUGUGAGGAUUGAAUUGCCGAUAAGAUUGGCAUUAAGAAUUCGUGAUUUGCAAACAUUGCCAUUUGGUGUGGUUAAUAAUUUCCACUUGGCACAGAUAUAUGAGAGCUAUUACCAUCUGUUCAAUGCGUUCAGAAAAAUCCCGAAGAUCCACACCAUUGAGGACAACAACAAGUUUUGUGAAAUGAUGUCAAGUAUGUUGGAUGACCACAUUUUCAACCUAUCCCAUUUGAUGAUGGGAGCAUUGGAAGUUGCCAUCUCAAACAAUCUUCCUGAAGCAGAGUUGAACCAAAUUAUCCACAAGAUGUUGUCGUCAAGAAUAAGCAGACGUCUUAUCAUUGAGCAGCAUUUGUCCAUUAGUCAAAGCUACAAUAAGAAACCGUAUGACAAGAAGCCGCCGCAUUAUUUGGGUGAAAUUUUCGACGAUUGCAAUGCUGUGGAGCAGUUAAAGAUUGUUGCGGGCAUGAUCAAAGAUUCCAUGAAAUCCAGCUAUCCAGAGAUCGAAAGAAUGCCAGACUUGGAGAUUGAAGGCGAUGUGAAAACACAUUUCCCAUUCAUUGUACCCCAUCUCCAGUAUAUCCUUCAUGAAAUCCUCCGGAAUUCGUUUGAAGCAACAAUCAGAACCCAUUCCACAAAGACAUCCAAGUUAUUACCACCAGUCAAGGUCACCAUUGUCGAUCUGACUAAACAAGUGUUGUUCAGGAUUUCUGACCAAGGAGGGGGCAUUAGCCACGACAAGUUAAAGUCAAUUUGGUCGUUCGGCAAGAAACCAGAUUUGGCCAGGAAAAGUCUUGCGAACUUCCACCGAAUUCCCGGAUUGCAACUAUAUUCGAAUUUGAAAGUCACGCCUUCUGGCUCAUCAAUAGUGACUCCUCAAGCACAACAGAUACUACAAAACACGAGUCUUGGUGAAAGUACGGGAAGCAAAAAGAAGUCCACGUUGGAGAAUUUGAUGGGCCGACCACAUCAUUAUCACUUGGGUAUGGGUUUACCUAUCAGCGCAAUCUAUGCCGAGUAUUGGAACGGGGAAUUAACCAUGAAUUCAUUGGAAGGCUAUGGCAGUGAUACUUCAUUGGCCUUAGGUAAAGUUGGUUAUCAUAGUAAUAUCAUCCAAUUGGAUAGAGCAUAG